AAUCAGUUAACGAAUACUUCAAACGAACAUGUGCUGUGGAGCUGGGCACAAGUUAUCUCCAAGUCGGCAAAUAUUAUCGAUUCGGGCACUCACUUUUCUUUCAGAUUUUGGUACAUUCAAAUUUAUCUCGAAAUCCUUUCUGAGCCUGUCCACCUCCUGUUGCUGUCGGGUAGAUAGGAUCCAAUGGCGCGAAAUGAGGCAAUGCGCUGGGUAGAGCUGGAAAGGUGUCUGCCCGUGUGGAGCCGCAGGUACCGACGCAACACAGCUGGAAAGUAUCGCAAUCUGCCGCUGAGCAAACUCAACAAAUACGACGUGGAGAUAGAGGGUCGCCUGUGGUCAUUGUGGGGAUAUCUUCACCCUGAGGCCCCCGUGUUUCACAGGAGUUUGCGUGGACGUCAAUAUCUCGCCAUCUACGUGAUUGCCUGUUGUGCUGCCAGUGUAUACAACCUCAUGGACUGGAGCGCCCAACUGCUGGACACAAUUGUUGUGAGUGGCAGCAAAUACUUUGAAGAGAGCAUAGCUCAAAUUUCUCAGAAGGACUACGAGUUCUCUUUGGAGAACCUCAACAUUGACUGCGCCCUAGAAACAAUCAACUUUGUGGUUCAUAUCGAGCACGUCUGCUAUGGCAAGCUCUAUCGCGUGCCCACCUUCAACCGCAUGAAUCUCUCCGAGGCGUUGAUCUACUUCUUCAGCCAUUACCGAUUCGGCAUUGUGAUGGUUCGUAAGCGUGCAUUGGCCAUUGGCUUCUGUCCGGGCCAAGCCGGGGGCUACUUCAUGUACGAUUGCCAGGAGAAGGAUCAGCCGCUUUUCCCCAAACAGCAAGGCGCCUCGUACCUACUCCGCACCCGACAUCUGCAAGUGUUGCUCUACUGCAUCGUGGUCACACUGAAUGUGCCCAAACAUAACGUUGGCUUUAGCAUCCACAAGGUGGAAAUGUUGCGUGAAGGCGCCACCGUUGAGAACGAGGAAGAGGAGGGCGCUGCAGGCAGUCCUGAUCAGUAGAGCAGUGUAGCAAUAGCGGUCUUCAAGUGUAUUUGGUUAUGUGUUUUAGUAACUAUUUAAUGCGCAACUGUACGAAGCGGUCUUCAAAUAAACUGAGUCAACCCGAAA